UGCGCGCUUCGACAUGACAUCAGCCGCGAUAGCAGAUGAUUUGAACCAAUCAAAUUAAUAAUAUUCUAGUGUGUACCGUUCUCCGAUGGAUGUUGUGACAAGUACGCGCGUUUUUCUCAUACGAAGCAAAAACAUACGAAAGCAGAUAUCUCUCGGACGCAUGCAAAACGCUGACACGACAGUUCUGUUACAUGCAGUACAAUUUUUUCGUACAUACGUAAUGACAAGGUGAGAAAGAAUGACAGAAGGAAUAUCCUUCUCGAGACGCAAAAAUCAAUGCGUUGCGAUGUGUCACACGUACGAGUACGUAAUUCGAUUUUCGAUCUUCGAAAGAUCACCAAACGACCAAGCCCACGGAUGUCCUCACAAUUCAACAAGUAUUCAAAUUCAAACUAUAAAGGAACAUUUCAAGAUGAUGACUGUUGUAAGUAUAAGCAUGUCGUGCGAUGCUCACAGUGGACACGACAGAAAGACCUUGGCACUUUUCUCACCAAACCUUCCAUUUUACGUUCUGUGCUUCUCAGAGCAAAUUCGCCCUUGUCGCUGCCCUCGUCGGAGGUGCUUCCGCCUUCGCCCCCGCCAACAAGGCCAGUGUCUCCACUGCCCUUUUCAACGGACCUGUUCUUGGAGCCGGAGGUAUGGCUGACACCCGUGACCCUGACGAACUCGUCCACGAGGAUGCCCGUAAGUCGAUCGCUGCCGCCCCUUCUUUCGAGGAAUACUUGAAGAUGCGUGACGGAGGUGAUGCCGCCGCCCCUGCCGCCGCCGCCCCUGCCCCUGCCGCUCCCGCUGCCCCUGCGGCCGCCGCCCCCGCUGCCCCUGCCGCCGCCGCCCCUGCUGCCGGUGGAACCAUCUUCGCCACCCUUCAAACCCUUGAAGGACCUGGACAAGUUUGGGGAGCUGAUGGUAUUGCCGUCGGAAAGGAAGAAUCCGACCUCAAGGGAUACGACAACUUCGGACUUUUCUGUGAGCGUCUUCAGUCCACCGGAGUCGCUGACAUCCUCAACGGACCUGGACCUUACACCGUCUUCGCCCCUGUUGACAGUGCCAUCACCACUUACGAAAAGAUGUUCGGACCAUUCGAUGCCGAUGCCUGCAAGACCCACAUCGUCAACGGAAAGAUUGCCUCCUCUGCCGUCUCCACCGCUGACCUCUCCAACAUUGGAGGAACCCCUCUUACUUACCGACGUGCCGUCCGAAAGGACUUCGUCAACGAUGCCAUCAUCGGAGAGAAGACCUUCGGACAGUACUCUGACUACCCUGUCGAUGUUGAGACCUCCAACGGAGUCAUCCACGCCGUUGGACUUUCCAUGGCCGAGUAAAUCGUCGUGUUUAGCGCACAUUAAUCAGACGUUCUAAAUAGAUUGUAAAUUUUGCU